GCCCAGCCCUUCGGAAAAACCCUAAGAAAAACCCCAAUUUGGAGCCCUUCUGCCGUCGUAGAUCAUUCAGGCAGCCGACGGGGGUUUCUCGGAGCAACUAUGACGAGGAGAAACGCAAUUUUCACUUCCCUCAGAUUGGCAAAUUCCUUCUUUUCGACUCGGUCUCGAUAUCCCCAGGUGACUCGGUUUUCACCUUCUUCUUAUGUUUCUCAUCAGUCCCUCGUCUCCCAUUUCACAAUCAACCAUCCUGUUCUGUUUUUCUCGUCGAACCCCCAAUCGCUUCUCCAGCUUGUUUCGACCAACGAUUGGUCGGAAAUGUUAGAAACUGAAUUAGAGACUUUAAACCCUACGCUCACACACGAAACUGUUGUCUAUGUUUUGAAAAGACUUGACAAACAACCCCAAAAGGCCUCUGAGUUCUUCAACUGGGCUUCUGGGAAGAAUGGGUCUACUCAAAGUUCUUCCAUUUAUAGCAUGUUGCUUAGGAUUUUUGUUCAGAAUGAGUCCAUGAAAUUGUUCUGGAUUACGUUAAGGUUAAUGAAAGAACGAGGGUUUUACCUAGAUGAGGAAACUUAUAAGACCAUUUUAGGGGUUUUGAGAAAGUCGAAGAAGGCUGCAGAUGCCACGGGUUUGACUCAUUUUUACAAUCGAAUGCUUCAACAAAAUGCCAUGGACAGUGUGGUGCAGAAGGUGGUUGAUAUUGUUUUAGGAUCUGAUUGGAGUAAUGAUGUUCCUGGAAAACUUGAGGAGCUUGGUAUUGCGUUAUCAGAUAACUUUGUAAUUAGAGUGUUGAAGGAACUUCGAAAUUCUCCACUGAAAGCCUUGAGUUUUUUUCAUUGGGUUGGUUGUAGGCCGGAUUAUGAUCAUAACACAGUUUCAUACAAUGCAAUUGCUAGGGUUCUUGGACGGGAUGACUCCAUCGAGGCUUUUUGGGGCGUGAUUGAAGAAAUGAAGCAUGCUAAUCAUGAAAUUGACAUCGACACUUACAUAAAGAUCUCCAGGCAGUUUCAGAAGAGCAAGAUGAUGGGUGAGGCUGUCAAGCUUUAUGAGCUUAUGAUGGAUGGGCCAUACAAGCCCUCGUUGCAGGAUUGCAGCGUUCUUUUGCGGACCAUCGCUGCUAGUGACAAUCCAGAUUUGAGCUUGGUUUACAGAGUGGCCAAGAAAUUCGAGGCUACAGGGUACAGUCUCUCCAAAGCUAUGUACGACGGAAUCCAUAGGUCAUUGACAAGCACAGGAAAGUUUGAUGAUGCGGAGAAUAUCGUGAAGUCCAUGAGAAAUGCAGGAUAUGAACCUGAUAAUGUUACAUACAGUCAGCUGGUAUUUGGACUUUGCAAGGCUAGGAGACUUGAGGAAGCCCGUAAAGUGCUGGAUGAGAUGGAAGCACAAGGAUGUAUUCCUGAUAUCAAGACUUGGACUAUUUUAAUUCAAGGACAUUGUAAUGCCAAUGAACUUGACAUUGCUUUAGUUUGUUUUGCAAAGAUGAUAGAGAAGAACUGUGAUCCAGAUGCUGAUCUUUUGGAUGUGUUGAUUAGUGGUUUCCUUAACCAGAAAAAGUUAAAUGGUGCAUAUCAGUUGCUGAUUGAGUUGACAAAUAAGGCUCAUGUAAGACCAUGGCAGGCAACAUAUAAACAGUUAAUUAAAAAUCUUUUGGAAGUUAGGAAACUUGAGGAAGCCAUUGCCCUCCUUCGUUUAAUGAAGAAACAAAAUUACCCACCUUUUCCAGAACCCUUUGUUCAAUAUAUCUCCAAGUUUGGUACUGUGCAGGAUGCUGAUGAUUUUCUGAAGGUUCUUAGUUCAAAAGAAUAUCCUUCCGUGUCUGCUUAUCUUCAUAUUUUUAAUUCAUUUUUUAAUGAAGGCAGAUAUUCUGAGGCCAAAGAUCUGCUCUUCAAAUGCCCACAUCACAUUCGAAAGCAUAACGAAGUUUGUAAGCUCUUUGGAUCUGCAGAAAGCAAUACCACUGCUGCUACUCAAUCUUCCUCCAAUCCGAUUGAAACUUAAUCAUCACAUAGAACAAAUAUCAACUACACAUCAGGUGCAGUUUCUUGUGACUGUGUUCCUACUUGUUUCUAGUCACGAGAUUUGGUUCAGCCGUCAAGGAUUAAAUCAACAACAGACUGUUGAAGUAUAGCUUUUCAAUUUGCAAAAAACCAGUUGGCCAGUCGUUCUGACAGAAAAGAGGUGCUUCAUGCUGUGGUCUUUACGCUUGUGAUUCUUUGGAGCAGUUUGAUUCAUUGGUUCAUUUACUCAUCAUAACUUAUUUGCUUGCUAAUAUAUGUACCACAAUGACAAAAUGCAAGUCUCUGGGUUUAGAAAUGAGAGCAAUAAAAGACUUGCCCUUCUUCCAUUUUCUUUUAGAGCCA